CUUGAUUAAAUUUUUGGGGUGGCACUAUGGGGAUAUUUGUCGGCAUGAGAAUAAAUAAAAUAAAAAUUUAGAGAAAUAUCUUGUACGAAACACAAGCAUUUUUAUAUAUGAAGAGUUUACUUGUUGAUCAUGUUCAUCUGGGUUUGACUUGUAAGAUCUUUCAUCAAUCCACCCAAGUUCAGCUUAAUAAUGAUUUCGCCACCUUCCACAAUAUUGCUGCAAGGUUUGUGAAAGUGAAGAGACAGAUGAAUUCUUUUAUAACAGAAUUCAGUGACAUUUAUAACCUUAACAAUAUUAAGCUACAUUAGAUAAAGCUUUCAAGCCAUGGAGGAAAAUGGAAGGAUUUAUGGGAGUUCCUUUUCAAAUGGAGAUAAGAUGAAGGGAAAGUACAAAUGGUUAGAUGGAACAAUCUAUGAUGGCGAUUUUGAAAGUGAGAAAAUGACAGGUAAAGGACUAAUUCGUUGGCCAUCAGGAUCAAAGUAUGAAGGCGAAUUCUGCGGCGGAUUUCUUCAUGGUAAUGGCACGCUUACAAGCUCUUCCGGCUGCACAUACAGAGGAGGUUGGAGGAUGAAUGCUCAGCAUGGGAUCGGAAAGAAAGAGUACUCGAAUUCGGAUGUUUAUGACGGUUUAUGGAAAGAAGGAGUUCAAGAAGGAUGUGGUAAGUACUCUUGGAACAAUGGAAACACUUACAUUGGAAAUUGGAAGAAUGGAAAAAUUGAAGGCAGAGGAGUUAUGAAAUGGACUAAUGGUGAUACCUUUGAUGGAUUCUGGAUGAAUGGGGUAAGACAUGGAUCAGGAGUUUAUCGAUUCGCAGACGGCGGCGUUUAUAUUGGGACAUGGAACAAUGGCCUAAGAGAUGGUAAAGGAACUUUCUACCCUGCUGGUACUAAACUUCCUUCUCUUAAGAAUCUAUGCACUUCUCUUGAAACAGAACACUUUAUUGCUUCAAAGUCUAAACCAGUUAAGCGAAGUCUUUCUGAGAAUAUACCAGUUGUUAGCCGGUUAAGUUCGCGGCCGAAAUCUCAAAGGACUUUGUCAUUGAGUACUACUACUGAAUGGACCCUUCAAGAUCAGAGUGAUUUGGUUUAUGAAAGGGAAUAUGCUCAAGGUGUUCUAAUUAUGGAGAGAAUCAGGGACUGUUCUGUUUCCUCUGUUAAGAACAAAAGCCAGAACAAUAAGUUUAGUGUUAAUCAUGUAGAGAAGAGUUCAUAUAUGGACAUUUUUAAAGCUCACAGAGGCUAUUUUCUCAAUCUUAAUUUGCAGCUUGGCAUAAGGUAUACUGUUGGAAAAAUCACGCCGGUGCCGGCACGCGAAGUCCGAUCGUCGGAUUUCGGGGAUCGGGCUAGAAUAAGGAUGUUCUUCCCUAGAGAUGGUUCAAAGUUAACUCCUCCUCAUUGUUCUAUAGACUUCUAUUGGAAAGAUUAUUGUCCAAUGGUUUUCAGGAAUUUGAGAGAGAUGUUCAAGUUAGAUGCUGCAGAGUAUAUGAUGUCUAUAUGCGGUGAUAGCGGUUUGAGGGACAUAACUUCUCCGGGAAAAAGUGGCAGCAUCUUCUAUCUUUCAAACGAUGAACGAUUUGUAAUCAAGACUCUAAACAAAUCUGAACUAAAGGUUCUGCUAAAUAUGCUUCCUAAAUAUUACCGUCACGUAAAAGAUUAUGAAAAUACUCUUAUUACAAAGUUCUUUGGCCUUCAUAGAAUAAAACUAAGAGGUGGAAAAAAGGUGCGUUUUGUUGUGAUGGGGAAUAUGUUUUGCACAGAAUUGCAUAUUCACCGGCGUUAUGAUCUUAAGGGUUCUUCUCAAGGAAGAUAUACAGACAAAGAUAAAAUCAGUGGCAAUACAACAUUAAAAGACCUUGAUUUGAAGUAUAAAUUUCAUAUGGAUAAAAAAUUGAGAGAGUCAUUGCUAAAGCAAAUAUCUAUAGAUUGCAAGUUCUUGGAAUCUCAGAACAUAAUUGAUUACAGCCUUCUAUUGGGAUUACACUUUAGAGCUCCAGAGAAUCUAAAAGCAUUAGAACAAACUCAUCAUGGAUCAAUGCACCGGCAAAAGAGUUUAGUUCCUGCUGAUGAAGGGGAGCCUCUGAUUCUUCCAAAAGGGUUGCUUCUAGUUACACAUGAACCAAGUGUUGUGAACACUGCACCUGGACCCCACAUUAGAGGCAAUCCAUUGAGGGCAUACUCCAUGGGUGACAAUCAAGUUGAUCUCUUAUUACCUGGUACUGCAAGGUUGAGGGUGCAACUAGGAGUGAACAUGCCAGCACAAGCAAACAAAAAGGUAGAGGAAGAUCAUAGUAAUAAUAAUAAUAAGAAUAAGAAGAAGAAGAAGGUGGAGGGAAGAGAUGAUGAUGAUGAAGAAGAAGCAGAGCUAUUUGAGGUUUAUGAUGUAGUGCUGUACAUGGGAAUCAUUGAUAUAUUGCAAGCAUACAAUCUCAGAAAAAGAGCUGAGAAUGCAUACAAGUCCAUCAAAUUUGACCCUCUCACAAUAUCUGUAGUUCAACCUAACUUGUAUGCUCAACGUUUCAUUAAUUUCUCACAAAACAAAGUUUUCCCACAAACUCCCUGCUGAUUUUUAUUUAUAAUAACUUGUCUUUUAUUGUUCCUCACAUGAUGAUUCUUCCAGAAUUAUCUGGUUCAGGUUCUUGCUGUUGUACAAUCUUGGUCCUAUUACAAAAUUAAAUAAAUAAAUUGCAAGAGUUUGUUA